CCAACACAGUUCAACCCUAAUGCCAUCAGAGCAUACAGAGUAACAAGCAUGUAUUACUGAGCCUCUGUGUGUGUGUGUGUGUGCGUGCGUGCAGGCAUCCGUCCCUGCACAGUGAUGUUAAGAGGCACAGCUGUCCACUGCGAGAUGACACACCGCCACAACAUGCUUGACUGGAGAGGGACAUAGAGAGAGAGAACGAGGCAGUGAGUGUGCCAGAGAGAGUGAGAUAUAGGAUAACAUUUGAUUUAGACUGAUGUGAAGAAUAAUAUGCAUCUAUCGAGAAAAUAUGUAUCAAGAUAGAGAGAGUUUGAGAGGGCGAGAAGACAAGAGAAGAGAAAAAAACCCUGAGGGACUGCAGGGCUGGAGAGGGAUAAGGAGAGAUUGAGAGCGCUGAGAGUAUGCAGGUUGUGAGUGCGCAGCCAAGCUGGUGAACAAGAGAGAUAAGGGUCCGAAGUGAAAGUGAGACGGACUCCGUCCUAAGUCUAUUGCUGCUAUUCCCGUGUUUGCAAGCUGGCGGUGAAGGCUGCUCUCAUGGGGUUUCCCACCCAAAGAGUAAGGGCUGGGGGUCCUGAGGGCACUGAGGGGGUCUGUCGCUGAUCCCUGCCCCACAUCUCUCCUUAGUUCGCUACGCAUUGCUUCUACUAAACCGACCCAGCAACACAAACAGUGUAGCAGUGGCUACUAAUGCACGCUAACUGACGGCUAAAUACUGAACCUGAAUGUCAAAGCUGGACAGCUAAUGGAUGGCUAAUUCGAAGCUAAACAGCAGAAACCCAGAAGCUACACAGGCUGCUAGCUGGGCGCUAACUGGACUACUAACGGGUCAGUAAGCAUCUUUGCACCCUUCCAUCGCUGCACUUCGCCCAUCCAGGGAGGGCGGACCUGGCCAGGGGACGACAGGCAGAUAUGACAGCCGUAGCUGUUUGUAUCCUUCUCUGCCUCCUCGUCCCUCCAUCCCUCUCCUGUCCAAAGGGAUGUUUGUGUGAUGGCCGCACCAAAGUUGUUGACUGCCGGGGACGGGGCUUAUAUGAUAUCCCUCGCCACCUCCAACCCGACACUCUAGAACUCCAUCUCCAGGACAACCGAAUCCGAGGUCUGGGUUCCAUGGCAUUCCGGGACACGCCCUUGCUGCGGGUUCUGGAUCUAUCCAACAACUCCAUUACGUCAGUGUCACCUUCCACACUACUGGGUUUGAGGGGUCUGCAUCGUCUCAGUCUGGCCAAUAAUGGUCUGAGAGAACUGGACAGAAGACUGCUGGGGCCUGUUCGCUCUUUAUCACAUUUUGACUUGUCGAACAACAGUCUGUCAGGUCUACCUGGUGCUUUGGGGGAGAGCAUGAGGAACCUGACCCAACUGGGGCUGGCCCACAACAGGCUGCAGCGGUUGGACAAGCCCCUGCUGGACAACCUGGAGGGCUUGGUCCACCUCACCUUGAGAGGAAAUCCCUGGAGGUGUGACUGCCAGCUCAUAGGCCUGAAACUGUGGCUGGAGACCUUCCUGUUCAAAGGUGGGGUGGUGGAUGAGGUGUCCUGUGCCCAGCCAGAGGAUAUGAAAGACAAAGACCUCCAGAUGAUUCCUUACCAGCUCUUUCAUGCCUGCAUGACCACCAGUUACAACUACUUGUUUGCCAACAUUCACCACCUGGAGUCUGAGAGGUCAACCAGGGGUCACACCCACGGUAAUGGCCACCAGCACAGUCCAAUGGGAAUAGGGGAGGGGUUCGGCGGAGCAGGGGCCGGCCUCCCAGAAUGCGAGCCAAAGCAGCGGCCUCGCCCAGUGAACCUGCGUCACGCUAUUGCCACAGUGAUCGUGACAGGUGUGGUGUGCGGCAUUGUGCUGAUGAUGAUGCUGGCGGCAGCGGUUUAUGGCUGUGCCUAUGCUGCCUUGAUGGCCAAGUACCAGCGGGAGCUGAAGAAGAGCGAAGAGAGUAAGGGAGAACGGGGGGGUGAUCACACCAAAGCAGCCGAGAAGGAACCCCUGGAGAAUGCUAUCGCCUAGAGGACGGGAAUGACUGAACUGUGAACCCACCAACUUUGAACCUGUACCUUAAACUACUUACAUAUGUGUGUGUGUGUGACUUAAACAGUGUGUCCAGCCUAAACUUUAACCUCUGUCCCCAUAGAUUGCACUUGGACCUGACCCAAAACAUGUGUCUGUCAACUACAACUAGGUUAUGUGUCAAACAGAGUAAAAGAGGAAUAUCAAGUAAAAUAUCGGAGAAAGCAAUUACUUGAGACAGGUUGUAAAGAUAUCAAAAGUCCAAAACUCUGAUAUUAAUCCCCAAUGGAUUGUACUGUAUUCCCCGAAGCAAUCCUAUUCAAAACCACUAAGGGAAAAUAAGGGAACCACAGACUAUCCAGAAAUGUGUAUCAACUGAACAUUUAAAAAACAAAGGAGCUACAAAUAUCCUAUGCUGUAUUGAAAAAGUCCUGGAAUCUUUUCCUUGAGAGUGAUUGAACCCUUUUUGAAUUUGAUGAUAACCGAUG